AGCAGGACGCCUAGGGCUCCUCCUCGACCCCGCCCUUCCUGGCCCGGACCCUGGUCCUUCGUGGGCCGCCCUCUGCCGCCAUGGGCUCGGAGAUGGAGCCGCUGCUCCUGGCCUGGAGCUAUUUUAGGCGCAGGAAGUUCCAGCUCUGCGCAGAUCUGUGCACGCAGAUGCUGGAGAAGUCCCCUUAUGACCAGGCAGCUUGGAUUUUAAAGGCACGAGCACUAACCGAAAUGGUAUACGUAGAUGAAAUUGAUGUAGGUCAGGAAGGAAUUGCAGAAAUGAUGCUGGAUGAAAAUGCUAUUGCUCAAGUUCCACGCCCUGGCACAUCUUUGAAACUGCCUGGAACGAAUCAGACGGGAGGGCCUAGUCCAGCUAUCAGGCCAAUCACGCAAGCUGGAAGACCCAUUACAGGUUUCCUUAGACCCGGCACACAGAGCGGAAGGCCUGGCACUAUGGAGCAGGCCAUCAGAACUCCCAGAACCGCCUACACAGCUCGCCCUAUUACCAGCUCAUCUGGAAGAUUUGUCAGGCUGGGAACGGCUUCCAUGCUUACAAGUCCUGAUGGACCUUUUAUAAACUUAUCUAGACUGAAUUUAACAAAAUAUGCCCAGAAACCUAAAUUGGCAAAGGCUUUGUUUGAAUAUAUCUUUCAUCAUGAAAAUGAUGUUAAGACUAUUCAUCUUGAGGAUGUUGCUCUGUGUCUUGGCAUUGAUACAGUGGUGUUGAGGAACAGGAACCACAUUGAAAAAAAUGCUUUGGACUUGGCUGCCCUUUCCACAGAGCACUCUCAGUAUAAGGACUGGUGGUGGAAAGUACAGAUUGGAAAAUGUUACUACAGGUUAGGAAUGUAUCGUGAAGCAGAAAAACAGUUUAAAUCGGCCCUGAAGCAGCAGGAAAUGGUAGAUACAUUUCUCUACUUGGCAAAAGUUUAUAUCUCAUUGGAUCAACCAGUGACGGCUUUAAAUCUUUUCAAACAAGGCUUAGAUAAGUUUCCAGGAGAAGUAACCCUACUUUGUGGAAUUGCCAGGAUCUAUGAGGAAAUGAACAAUAUUUCAUCAGCAGCAGAGUACUACAAAGAAGUUUUGAAACAGGACAAUACUCAUGUGGAAGCCAUUGCGUGCAUUGGCAGCAACCACUUUUACUCUGAUCAACCAGAAAUAGCGCUCCGGUUUUACAGGCGACUCCUGCAGAUGGGUGUUUAUAACUGCCAGCUUUUUAACAAUCUGGGGCUCUGCUGCUUCUAUGCCCAGCAGUAUGAUAUGACUCUGACCUCGUUUGAACGUGCCCUCGCUCUGGCUGAAAACGAAGAAGAGGCAGCUGAUGUCUGGUACAACCUGGGCCACGUAGCUGUGGGUAUAGGAGAUAUGAACUUGGCCCAUCAGUGUUUCAGGCUCGCUCUGGUCAACAACAACCACCACGCCGAGGCCUACAACAACCUGGCCGUGCUGGAGAUGCGGAAGGGCCACGUUGAGCAGGCAAGAGCACUGUUACAAAGUGCAUCAUCUUUAGCACCCCAUAUGUACGAGCCACAUUUUAACUUUGCAACGGUCUCUGAUAAGAUUGGGGAUCUACAGAGAAGCUAUAUUGCUGCUCAGAAGUCGGAAGCAGCAUUUCCAGACCAUGUGGACACCCAGCAUUUAAUCAAACAGCUAAAGCAGCAUUUUGCGAUGCUCUGACGUCCCCCAGACCAAGUAUCUUCUCAUGAGGGGGCAUUACACAAGGGGAGUAGUGUGUUGGUACAUUCGCAUAUACAAACCUGUGCUUGAUAUUAGUGAAGAGGAUGUAAGGGACUUUACACAAGAAUUUAUAUGCAAACUUUAUAAUAAUAACUUGUAUAAUAUUAAAACAUUUUCAUGAAUUUCCUCAAAUUUUUAUAAAUGCAUAUUUUUAAUGUUGUUAAGCUGGCCAUUAGCUAACAUGUAACUUCAGAGGUCUGAAAUCUGCCAUUAAAACUGCACUUUUAUGGCUAAAAUUGUGUGUAUUCAUCCCAAUUAGAGAUUUUAGAGCUUAAAAUUUGUAUUUAAAACUGUUUAUCAAAUGCUUUGUAAGAGACUAUACAUUUUCUUACAUAUUAUGCUUUAAAACAAAUCAGUGUGUAAUGCACCGUCAUUCUGUCAUUUUUCAUGAGUUUUUAUUUUAGGCAUCUCAGGUAAAACAAGUUUUUUCAGAAGUCCAGUAACUUUAGAAAUGAAGUCAUCAUUUUCAUUUUACUUGAUGUACCACCAAGUUUAUAUUUUCCUGAGAAGCUGUUUAUGAAAUAUCACGUUGUCGGCACAAGAAUAUGAGGAUUAGAAAUGGAGCCACAGGCCCAGAGCCCCACCUGCAGUCAGCCCCAAGAAGGUUAGGCCAGAUCCCAGGACCAUGCACUGCAAAAUCCCGGAAAGGCUCUUGAACUCGUCUCUCCCAGAUUUAGUGGAAUUCUCAUCAAUGUGUUCAUACAAGGAAAUGUGUCACAGGGACAAAGCCACUCAAAUGCAGAUUUUGGACUUUGGGACCCCUCUGUGUUAUUUUUCAGUUUCUAAUGUCAUGAAAACUAUUUUACGGAUACUUGUUCCUGGUCAGAUUUGUAUCAGUAGUAUUCCUCAGCUGACAGAGCAAAAAGAUGGGAAUUCGAGGAAUUAUGGCCCAUCAGAGGCCGGCAGGGGCUUCAGAGGGUGCGUAGAUGAAGGUCUUUGCGGCACAGAUGAACAGAGCAAGCCAGCGUCACAUGGCUGAGUGGUGGGGACAGUCACGACUGGAACCCAAGACACUGUUCUAGUGCUUUGCCUUUUCCCGCUUCUCCAAGAUAUGCUAGUGCUAGCUUUUUAGCUCAGGAGAAUUUCCUCAAGCGCAACCAAAUGUCCUAAGAAAUGUAUUGAGUAUUUAGGUUGGAAUUUUGUAAUGUGAGUCAUUCUCUCAGCUGAUCUAAAGUAAGAGCUAACAAGGCUUGCAUUUGUGGGCAUGUUGCAUUUGUGGGCAUGUUGCAUUUCUGGGCAUGUUGCAUUUGUGGGCGUGUUGCAUGUGCCCAGCACUGUUCUAAGCGCCUGAUGUGGAUUCACCCUUCCAUUCCCACUGCAGUCCCAUAAGCUGCUGUUAUUCCCAUCUUACGUAUGAGAAAAAUGAGGCACAGGGAAGUCAAGUAACUUGCUCGGGGUUAUCAAGCUAGUCAGUGGCAGAGCUGGGAUUCAAAUGCAGGCAGCAUGGGUCCCCUGGGACGUGCUCUUACCCCUCAUGGGAAAUCAUCUCAGUGUUUCUCCUGUAAAUAAAGCUACUACCAUUUAAAAUGAAUGUUCUACGCAUUAGUAAAAUUGAAUAAUAAGGGAAUAUUAACACAGCAAAAAAUAAAUGAGUCAGUGUUCCUAAGGUAAUACGGAGAUAUUUUUGUCUUGAGUUUAUGUUAAUUCAAUGUGAACACCAAUGCAAAGAAUGAGUCAGGACGGCUCCAGGCGGAGUGACAGCACGAAAGAACACCGGGCAGCAGAAGCUACAUACAU